GGAAAUGGGGGAGACAUGAAAAUACAUUGGGGGCACCAAAAUUAAUCCAUUUUUAAAUGGAUAUGAAUUUGUCUUUAUUUUAUGUUGGAAUUGAACGUCCCUGAUUCUGUGGCUCAUUUGCUAAUCCACUCAUCCUUUGCAGCGCUACAUCAAUCAAAUACACGAACUUUGAAGGUGCAAAUGGCUUCCAUUGCUGCGAGCUUGCAGCCACCAUUGCUGCUCCAUGGUAGAAAAUCACAUACAGGAAACUUCCCAAGUUUCCCUGUUUCUCUUCUUCCAGGAAGACGGAAUCUUAUUGCUUUGGUUGUGAAGGCUUCCGGAGAAAGUUCUGAAUCUUCGACUUCCCUAACUGUUUUACAGUCAGUUCAGAAUGUUUGGGAUAAACCUGAGGACCGGCUGGGACUAAUUGGUUUUGGCUUUGCUGGUAUAGUAGCACUUUGGGCAUCAGCAAAUUUGAUCACGGCCGUCGACCAAUUGCCAGUUCUUCCAACUGUACUGGAAUUGAUUGGAAUUCUAUUCUCCGUAUGGUUUACUUAUCGCUAUCUCUUAUUCAAGCCUGACCGGGAAGAGCUUUUUCAAAUCUUGAACAAGUCAGUGUCAGAUAUCUUGGGCCAGUAAGACGUGCUGCCUCUAGAUUGUGAUUUGAAGUACAAAUUCUCAGCAGCUGAAGUUUUUUUUUUUUUUAAUAUGGGAUCAUUGGUGAAAGAUAAGGGAUGUAAAAGGGGUUUUGUUUCAAGUCUCUGCUCCUAUCUUAGAUGACAGUGCAAUGCUCAUUUAUCUGGUUUAAGACCACUAAUUUGCAUCCAUGAAUUAAAGUUCAUGCCUAUUGUGGUAGCUUCUCAAUGUUGAACAUAAUAAGAUGGUGUCACAAUUCUAAUGAAGUUCCCUUAAGUAUUUAGAGAA